CCUACCUCGAGCAUCAACGAUUGUAUUGCAUCAUUGCAGCCUCUUAAGACUGCCAAUAACAGAAUUUGAGAAGAAAAGUUAAUAAAAGACGGACAUGUAUGGASUACUGAGACCCGCCGACCACACCUAGCAGUCGCACGCUUUAUUAAACGGCAUCCAUGGCCAGAAUACCGAUACGGCACUAUUUUUGGCGAUGGAUGACGAAAUGAUGAGAGAGAACGCGACUCUCCGGGUUGUGAGUGACGACGAGAACAGCGGCGUUGGCGACGAAGAGGCKCAGCUAAGGCGACAUUACAACGACGGCGCUCUGCAUGACCACAUCGGUUGGYCGGUCGGAAAGUUGGGAGGCAGCGGGGAUGUAGUGGUAAAUAAUAGCGAAUACAACAAUUCAGACAACAACACUUUUCGCAAUCAUGAUUUUCCGGAGCAGACGACACCAAUGCAUCCUCCCCCUUCAGAAAUUUUCCCCACAGUAUACGAUUCAUCACAACAUUCUAGAUCUACCAAAAAGUCUUUCAACRGCACGAACUUGUACAAUGCUAAACAGGAGGAAGAGGAGCAGAAGCACCAAUUUCAAUAUCAAUCAAAAAUCCAAAGCAAGCAAAACAGUAACACAAGUAGUGACAUGGAUGGUUCAUUCGAUAUGUCUUCUUUGUAUAACUAUGACGCCUCUUCUGGGAUCCUCCCACUGAAGCAACCGCCAACAUAUUCUAAGUCUACCAAAACCACAACACACGUGWACAGUGCAAAGCUGGAGGGAGAAGAGGAGCAGAAGCACCAAUUUCAAUACCAAUCAAAAAUUCAAAGCAAGCAAAAUAGUAACACAAGGAUCGACAUGGAUGGUUCAUUUGACAUGUCUUCUUUAUAUGAUUAUGACGCUUCCUCUGGAAUACGCCAACCAAUACAUGAAUCGUUGCAACAUUCCAAGUCUAAAAGAAGCAGCACUCACUUGUACAAUGGAAAGCGGAGGGAAGAAAAGGAGCAACAAAACCAAUUUCAACACCAAUCAAAACUCCAAAGCAAGCAAAWUAACAAUACCGGGUUUGAGAUGGAUGGUUCAUUCGAUAUGUCUUCUUUAUAUGAUYAUGGUGCCUCUUCUGGAAUACUCCCACGGAUACAUGAGUCAUCACAACAUUCUAGAUCUUCACAAACUUCCAGCAACGACGUGUUUCCACCGAUACACGAGUCGUCACAACAUUCUAGAUUAUCCCAAACUUCCUGCAACGACGUGUUUCCAC